UCGAGUAUGGCGGAGUGACGUUUGCGCGGGCCAUUUGCACGGUUAAAAGUAAAAGAGCAUGAUAUACAACAGUGGGAAAUGCUCGAGUUUUGUUUUUUAUAUACGCUUUUUGUUUUCUGAAAGUGCUGCGAGAGUAAAAUAGUAUGGAUACAGUUGGUUCUUUUUUGUCCUCGUUUAAAAUGAACGCGUUCGCUUCUAUCCGCUAGUGACAUAUUUGACUACUUUUUGUUAUUGUAAUGUAUGCACAUUUUGAUGAGGGUUGAACGUGGCUUGCUAUAAGCAGAUGGUGGUUUUUGCUGGGAACAGUUCUCGAAAAACUUGCGAGCACGUUUAGUAUAUUGUUAGUGAAUAGACACAACUAAGAAAGCUUGAUCAAUUCAUUUUUAAGAAAAAAAUGACAUAUUCAAUAAUGGAGGACAAUGAGUGGUUACGGUAGUAUAUCGGGCGUGGCGGACUCAGAGGCGCUAUCGCGGCGGCUACGCGAGGCGGAGCGCGCGCGUGCAGACGCCGAGCGCGCGCACGCUGACGCGCUCUCACAGCUGCGGAACGCGCAACGCUCGCCGCUCGACGCGCACAACGUUGAACAGCUACAGUCCCGCGUCCGAGAACUCGAAAAGAAGGCCGCCUUGGAGACGGUUCGUUGCGAAGAGUUGCAGCUGGAGCUGUCGUCGGCGCUGCGCGCACGCGGGGCUACGACCUCCUCCACCUGGUCCGCGCCGGCCCCUCAGCCCGCUUCGGAGAUAGAACGCAUCAUGGCCAAGAUAGAGCAGGACAACAGAAUCCUUGCCGAGCUAGACCACACUAGAUCAACUACACACGGUAUGCAGUCGAGCGGAUCCAAUCAAGCCCUCGGAGAGUUUCAUUCACCGACCCCUUCACCGCUACCACAUUCGUACUCGAGUACCACGGGCCACGUAGCUAUCUGUCAGAGCAACACGAUGCCCACGUUGUCCUCUCUGCACGCGACUGGACAGUUCACCGCACCCAACUCCAACUCCGUUGCAUAUUCCAUGAGCGCGCACAAUCCUACGUCUUAUUCUAACCCUAUACCCUCGUACUCGACUAAUACCUACGGUUUGUCAAACACGCAUCAAGUUAGUUUUACCAAUCCCGUCACCGCGCCCCUUGUUAACAGUAUCAGCCAAAUAUCCAGCACCCUGGCCGGUCUACAGAGUAACCUUCAGAAUAUUACUGGUAACGUUUCUGCAAUGAGUUUAGGUGGUACGCUCACUGGUCCAACGUUGACAGGAACGAUGGCCGGAUCAGGACUAACAGGCUUGAAUACUGUUCCGACGUCACUUCCCGGCGCUAUUACUCAUACGUUGGGAUUACAAUCCUCACUCGCCGGAGGAAUAGGAAAUAUAACAAAUAUCGCAACCGGCACGCAGCUCAGCGCUCUCAACACUAGUCUAACUGGGACCGCCGCUUAUGGCACAAGUGCCGGAACUUACACCAAUCCUCUACUGACCGGUGGCUUGCCAGGAACUUCGAUGAACAUUAAAUUGAAACCCUUGGACGAAAUAGAUCUCGGCUUAGGUAGAUAUGGGACUAAUACUUCGAAUAUAGUUAGGGUACCGACUCCAGUAACACCGCAUCAACCGACGUGGAACUUAGGAUUAGAUAGCCAAUUCGGAACUGAUAGACUAGGUGGUUUAGACCCUGGAUUUAGUCAUGAUAGAAAUCAAAGAGGAUUAACAAGAAUGAUGCCAAAUGCUGGAUUGGAUAUGGAUGUUCGCAAUACUCAUUUUAUGAAUGGGGGCGCGCCAGUAGAGACUCAAGUUGACAUGUUAGAUAUUCCCGGUAAAGGCCGUUGCUGCGUAUACAUUGCACGGUUCUCUUACGACCCUCCUGAUAUCGAAAGUGCUGACGGUGAACUGACGCUUAAUGCUGGCGAUUACUUAAUCGUAUGGGGUCCUCCAGACCCCAACGCUUCUGUGCUUGAAGCUGAAAUGCUUGAUGGACGUCGUGGCUUUGUCCCCGCAAACUUUGUGCAAAGGCUGGUCGGAGACGAUCUAUUAGAAUUUCAUCAGGCGGUGAUAGCGACGUUACGAGACUCGGAUGAGCCCACAACCACUACGACGAUAAGCGAUCUGUCCCUCAGCCGCGACGUGGCGCGUCUCAGUGAAAUGGCAGACAUUAGCGAAGGCCCCGAAGACGACGACAACGCCGAGCUGUUUUUCUCGUCGUUAGUGCCCGCGCCAAGGCAGCUCACGCUCGAGAGGCAGCUCAACAAGUCGGUGCUCAUCGGCUGGACGGCGCCCGAGGGGGUACAGCAGGCCAACAUCGAAAGCUACCACGUGUACGUCGACGGCGUUCUCAAAACCACCGUUAAGGCAUCCGAACGCACUCGCGCCUUAGUCGAAGGAGUAGAUGCUAACCGACCGCAUAGAAUAAGUGUACGGUCAGUAACCGCUACACGUCGUACGUCGCGGGACGCAGCGUGUACCAUGGUGAUAGGUCGAGACACUAGCAACAUGGGCCCCACCUGCGUCCGCGCCAGCGGCGUUACCUGCUCACAAGCUGUCAUUUCCUGGCUACCAGCGAACUCAAAUCACCAACAUGUAGUCUGCGUCAAUAACGUUGAAGUCAGAACAGUUAAGCCGGGAAUAUAUCGCCAUACGAUCACUGGCCUCUCGCCCAGUACGCAAUAUCGAGUGACUGUGAGGGCGAAGCACUUAAGAACGGGCCCGCCUGGAAUACCAAUAGAAGAAGCUCCCGGCGCGUACACUGACUUCCGAACGUUACCAAAAGGCCUGCCUGACCCUCCGAAUGAGAUUAUGGUGGAAGCGGGGCCCCAGGACGGAACGCUCCUAGUGACCUGGCAGCCCGUACUGCGCCCUCCGGCCUCCGGCCCCGUGACCGGAUACGCGGUGUACGCCGAUGGGAAGAAGGUCACCGACGUUGACUCACCGACCGGUGAUCACGCUCUCAUCGACAUUGGCAAACUCAUUGGCCUCAAUCCAAAGUGUGUCACUGUCCGUACAAAAUCUCGAGACAGCCAAUCCAGCGAUAGCGCCCCAACGGCGAUCCCGCCGGCCGUGCUGCGCGGUGUGGCGUCGAGGAUGCCGCGCGGGGCGCCGAUGCUGAACCAGCCCACGCCCGGCUUCCGCGGCCAGCAGAGACCGCAGCCCUACCAACAGCAGCAGCAAGUCAUAGAGCACGACGAAAACUUAUCCGAUAAGGAAAUAUUUCCGAGUGCGAAUCGUCACGAUCAACACGCUGCUCAGCAAACCGGUGGAUUCGGCACAGGUCUACUAAAGAGUAUAUUCGACAAAAUAACCCCUUCGCAAUCGGGGAUACCGGCCAUCGAAAUCACUAAAGAGGGCGCCGCGGAGCAGUUGAGUUGCGAAGAGGAUGAGGCGACGCGCCGCCGGCCGCAGCAGCAACCGUCCCAACCGAGUCAAGCGUCGCAGCCGCCUUCGGGUCAGCAGUACCCGAGUACACCAGCCUACCAUGGCACGCAGCAACCCCCCUAUCCACCGGCCGGCCAGUUCCCAAGUAGCCAGCCGGCCCAGUACCCCGGCCAGCCGCAGCAGUACCAGAACCCGCCCCCGAGAAACCACCACGAAAGGGGCCGCCCUCCUAACCCCCACCAGGUGGGUCAGCAGGGCGGCAUUCAGGGUAACAUGCAGAGCAGCAUGCAGGGUACCAUGCAGAGUGGCAUGCAGGGUGCCAUGCAGGGCGGCAUGCAGAGUGGCAUGCAGGGUGGCAUGCAGGGCAGCGUACAGAGCGGGAUGCAGGGGGGCAUGCAGUACGGGCCGCGUGGCGCGCCCCCGCCGGGUCCCCGCGGGCCGCAAUCGGGGCCGCGCCAGGCGCAAGCCCACCCGCAAUCUAAGAGGAGUCGCUACUUCAUCGCUUUGUUCGAUUACGAUCCGGCGACCAUGAGUCCUAAUCCUGAGAGUUGUGAUGAGGAGCUACCGUUCAGCGAGGGAGACACGAUUAAGGUUUGGGGUGACAAAGAUGCUGACGGUUUCUACUGGGGCGAGUGUCGGGGGCGCCGCGGCUACGUGCCGCACAACAUGGUGGUAGAAGUGUCGGAGCAAGAAGCUACAGGGCAGGUGGCGAAGCCUCGCGACCGCUGGACCGAUGCCUACGCGAACCAACCCGUCCGGCGCAUGGUUGCCUUGUACGACUAUGAUCCGCAGGAACUAAGCCCAAAUGUCGACGCUGAUGCGGAGCUUAGCUUCCAGACGGGUCAGAUAAUUCACGUUUACGGCGAGAUGGACGACGACGGGUUCUACAUGGCGGAGAUCGACGGCAUGCGCGGCCUUGUACCCAGCAACUUCCUUACUGAGGCGAACGACCAGUACGGUCCCCCGGGUCACUCUGGUCAAGGUGUAGCCCAGGGAGUAGCUGGAAUGACUGGGCGAGGUGUAGGCCCGGGCCCAACGCCGCAGAUCCCGGGCGCCGGGCGGGGCCGGGGUGCCGCGCCCGGGCCCGGCGCCCGCGGCCCGCCCCCGCCGCCGCGGGAUAACGUCGCCCCCGCGCCACGCAACCAUCUUCGUAAGACAGAUGCCUGCCCUCUUCCCCCUUCUCAGUUAGACCACAACACAUCCGCCAGUAAUCCAGAACAGGCGAAUUCUCAGGAAGGUUUGCAACAGCAGGCGAGGGCGAGAGGCGCGGCGAGCGGUCAGGCGGCGAGCACGAUCGCGCGCACGAGCGCUGGUAACACGAGCACGCCGGUGCAGUCGCCGGGCACGCCGGCCGCCGCGCCGCCCCCGCAGCCCUCGCCAGCACGCCGCGCCGGUCCUGCCGUCGUGCCCGCGCCCCAGCCGCAACCCCCCACCACGCAGCCCCCCACCUCGCAGCCGAAUUUAAUGCAGAAGUUCACGGAGAUGACCGCUCCUGGCGGAGACAUCCUCAGCAAAGGCAAGGAGCUAAUCUUCAUGAAAUUCGGCCUCGGCGGCAAAUAAUGUCGGCGCCGCGGCCCUCCGUGGCCUCAGUGCGUGCUCGUCGAAUCGUAAAUCGUUUAAAAGUAAGUGCGACGCCUCUAAUUGUUUAUUAUUUAACGAAAUGGUUCUGCUGCUGCUGGAAGGCAAAUCGUGUAAAUCGGGUUUUCUACAAAUCGUUCGACAGUUAUGGGAAUAUGUUUAAGGACUGUAAAUAAAAUCAAUAAACGCACAGUUUAGUGAAUAUUCAUAUGUUAGUGCAGUCUCAAUAGCCGCACGGUUGAAGUCUCGAUAGUCGACGCCCGAUAGUUUUAUCUUGAAUUUUCUGUCUUGGGCCUGUGGUCAUUUGUUAGACUAGAUUAAUUACUAUUAAUAUGUAAAAUGUUCCCAUUAACUUUUAAUGUUUAAUUUAUGUAUAAAUUGUGUGAGUUGAAUUGGCACUCCCGUUGUUGUAUGAGAUAGUUUAUAUUGUGUUGUUUGUUGCUAGAUCUUCUUUUCUCGAGAUCCAAAUAAGGAAACCUCUUUCCCAUGUUGAAUAUCGUUGAACAAUAUUUAAAUACAUAUUGUAUUGAAAGUUUAUAGUAUUGUACAAAGAUUGUCUCCGAUUCUUCUCUGAAAUUUAAAUUACUGUUAUGAAUAAAUAAAAAUAUUAAAAGAUAGGUGAAAUGAAUGUUAUUGAUUUAUGAAAUAUUUAGGUAAUACUGCCACGAAACAAAAUAAGCAUUAUAGAUAUUUAAACAAUUCCAUGUUUGAGUAUUUUUUGUACACAAAUUUGUUAACUAAAUUAUUUGACUGGCUCUUACGAUUGGAAAUGUCUUAUACUUAUAUUAUCGAAUCGCAAAUUUUUAUCUCGGGCUCAGAUUAAAAUUUGCAUUUUGAUAAAUUAGUUAAUGUCAUCGAAAAGUUUUUUUUUAAUCUGUAAAACGAUAUUUUUAGUUAACAUUCAUUCUACGCAGUUCUCAAAUGUUACUCGAAAUAAAAAAUUCUGUGAUAGUAGACGUGAUAACAUCUUUGUCAUUCCUAUAAAUAUAGCAGCAUCAUCGCAUUAAAUAGAAAUGUUGUUUCGAGUUUUGAAAUGUUUUAAAUUUUUGUUUAUGGCAAUAUUUUGCAUUGUUAUGCAAACUUUUUAAACAACUGUCAACUGUCAUUGUAAUAGUCAAAUAUAGAAUUCAUUAAAUAGUUUUAAAUAUGUUCCAUGUUUAAGGGCUUUUUUGCAUGUAAGUAUUUAAAUUAUAUUUAACAUACCACAAGUUAAUAUAGUAAAUAAUUUUAGCAAUAAUAACAAUAGUCGUUAUACAGAAAUAAAGAAUGGUUGAUGAAUUCUUGUAUUGUGUGACUGGUAAUGUAUGCAAUAAAGCUCUUAAAGAUAAAAAAAAAAUAUUAACCGUAAAAUAUGCUGAUUGUACAGCUUGUAAGUUUUUAUUUACAAAUUGUAGGUUAGAAUAAAAUCAUCAAUACGAAAGUCGAAACAAUUUUAAAAGUAAAAAAAUCAUUUAAGAUUUUAAAAGUUAAUAUAACUGUAAGCCGUUUUAAAAUUCGAACUUUAAUGAAUAAUAGAGUUAAUCAAAUGUUUUUCAUGAAGUAUCUACAGUAAUGUAUUGUUUCGCUAAAACGAGCGAAUGAUUUUAAAACCGUGAUUUUUCUCGUUGAAAGCGUCCCGACCUCAAUUGCAGACUACGUUGAACAAAAAUGCAUUAUAGUACGGUUAAGGCAACACUCGACCGGGAAAAUGGAUACUUGUAAAUGUUUCCGCUCGAAAACCGAUCCAACUUCGUUACUAUUAUUCAACACAAUGAGAAAAAAACUCAUUGUAUUUCGAAUAUUCUCAUUAAUAACUGUUAUAACCUUUUUGGAAAACUAUUAUGUAUUAAUUAAAUAAUAAUUGCAUCGGGUUUUCAAGAAAUUGGUAAUUAAAAACUAAAUACACAAUUAACGCUAAUGGCGAAAAAGCCGCAAAAAGACUGCUUGCAUGAAUUUUUCCGUUAAGUUUUAUAUUUAUUUUUUUUUUUUACAAAAUGACUUUUCAACCGUUUUGAACACGUAUUCAAUGUUAUUUAUUGAAUUGGAAUAUUAUUUUCAACUUGAAAUUUAGUUCUGUGAAAAAAAUGUUAAUUCCGAAUAUAGCUACGAAGUGAAAAUUAUACUUGAAAUAACAAAACUGUUUUAUACUCAAACAAUUUAUUAGAAUGCUAGUACACCAUAACGAUAGAAUUUUUUUGAUGUUUGACUUCAUUUAAAUUGAAUUUCAACGCCUUUUAUUGAGAUGUUUUUUAUUUUUUAUUUCUGUUGUAAAACACUGUAAAACGUCUGAUGUCGAGAAAUAGAAAUAGAAUUGGAUUUAAAAUGCAAUCAUCAAUUGAAAUACUCUACAAUAACUGUCAAAAAGUUAGUAAUCGCUUUAUAACGUCGCUUCCUUAAUAAUGAAUUUAAUAACUUAGUUAAAUUUACUAAUAAUCUUCUAAAAGAUUUUAACAAAAAACCUUAGAGGUAAAUAUAUUCGAGUUGUUUGAAUCUGAAACUUUUCAGUAAUUGCACAAUACAAAAGUACCAAUUAUUUCUCAGUUUCGUUAUCUCCCUGUUAUUGUCAUUUAUGUAGGCCUAGUACACAAGCUUUUCGUCCUCCAUAUCGAUCUAUCUUCCGUCAUCUCACUCAUCAAUUCUUGAACAUACCGUUUUUCAUGUAAUCCAUCAAUCUCUACCACUACCGAUGUACCCAUCCACUUUCAUGACUAAAUAUUUAUAUUAUUUCUCGGCAUCAAAUGUAAAAAACAGUAAAUAUUAACAACUAAAUUUAAUGAUAAAGGAAUAUAACUAAGGGCUUAUUCCACUACUGGCUGAAAGAGGCUCAGAUAGCUUAAAAGUGACGUCACUGUCAGAUAGAGUACAAAAAUCCGAUAUUUCCAUCAUAUUAUAUAUACGUUGGAUUUUUAUCUGACAAUUUACAAGGAUUGUAGCAAAUGUUGAGCUCUCGUCUCUUUCAAUUGUUUUAUUUGUUAACUUGUAAACCAUUCAUGCGUGUAUGAAUCGUACCAAAUGUUUUUCCUAAUAAAUAAAAUUGUUAUUGUAAAUAUUGUUCGAUAAGGUUGCUUGGACUAUAAGCUAUUUUGAGAUGCUCACUUCGUACAAGGGAUAAUCCAUUAAGUCCUUUAUAUAGCUUCAUAUCGACGGAUAUAUACCGUUGACAAUUUAAAUCUUUUCACCUAUAUAUAACAAAAUUAGCUUGCGAUUUACUAGUUAUACGAGUUAAGCCCUGCCGUUUUACAUAUCUGGCUUUAGAAAGAGACAAUGCUCCACAAAAUUGUAGAGUAUUGUCUCUGUCGCAUAGAUUUUACAUUCAAUAUAUCUAAGGCUCGAUACAUAACAUUUAAAGCGCGCGCUCACAUUUGACUAAACUAUCGAACAACUGUUUAGUCUCGCUUUGAUUCCUCUGAGCUUAUAUGGAGGUGCUCACACUAAUCGAUUUGGCUGCGAAACAAUCGACAAUCGUACCACAGUUGUGCGUUAGUUCAGUCAAAGAUACGUCCGCUUACGGCUGAGGGCUAAAAUAUAUAAAUAUAUAACUUAGCAGUUUAAACUCCAUCUGUCAUAUGUAUUAAGUGAUUGUACAUUACGUGGGCCAGCAGUGACCAUAUUGCGCUCUCCUAUAUAUAAGCCAUCGAUUGAACUUUUUUCUAAACAUUAAUAUAUUUCUAGUGUUAUCUUAAACACCGUUUAAAGUUGUUUACUUGUUUAUACAUUGUUAUAAAACUGUAUCCAUAUCUUUUAUCACAUGUAACGUGUAUGGUUAUUUAUACGGAAAUAUAAUUAAUAAAUAAAAAUGUAUAUUAAUCCAGUAACCAUUCGUGUGCAAACAAGAUGUAUUCUUGUAUUACAGAAAUACGAAUAACACUAUCUUUAAUGAAUAAAAAUCUUUAACAAUGUACCAAUGAAGUAUGCUGGGGUAAAUAAAUGAUACAAAUGCCGCUUCUUUA